AUGACAAAAGAAGAAAGAAUGAAAUUUGAAAUAACGAAAGCCAUUCAAGGAUACGCAAAAAUUUAUGUAUGCGUACGAUCGCCGGAAGAACUCCAAAAACCAGGAGAGGCCCUGUAUUAUAAAAUGGUGGAUAUUGUGGAAGCCUAUAAGCCCGGAUACCGCGUCACAAUGGAAAUUGUAUACAAGUAUGUACUUCGCAGCUUCAUUAUGCUCGAGAAAAAGUUGUGUAAUGUGCGAUCCGUCACUGUAAAGAAGGUGCGUCGCAUGAAGAUGUUAAUGAAGGUUAUGCGAACGCUCAAGGGCAAACGAUACGGACUUUACCGCAAAGUGUCGGUUCGUCAGAAGAGGAAACUUAUGAGACUCAAUUUAUUGAAUGAUUCGGAUUCGGAUGAAUCGAACGAUGACACUUCUUCUGAUAGUUCGUUUGAAGGCGCCCCGGAUGAAGAAUUAGAAAGAUCAAGUUCCUCCGAUAGCUCCUCAGAAAGCUCGGAUAGUUCAGACGAAGACUCAUCUGACGAAGAAGAAUUAAGGAAUGAAAAUAACGCGGACAACGCAAAUGAACCUGCAGAUCAGGAUUCAGAUGACAACGAAGGAGAAGAACCGAUGGAGUUAGACGAUGGGAGACCAUCAUCGUCACUGAGUGCUGAAUCUGAAGUAAGUGUGGGAUUGGCAAAUGAUCGGAAUAUGGCGGACUAUUUAGUGCCAAAUGUCAACGGGAAUUAUAACGCUAUCAUGGAAUUUCAACGUCUAUCACCAGAUCGACCGGAUUCUCCGAAUUCACCGGAAUCAAUGGACGACGAGCCAGACCGCGAAGUGGCCAUCAAUGUACCAGAGAUACAGGAUGAUGAAGUAGAAGCCCAACCAACAUUCGACGUUGUAGAUCAAUUGGCUCAUCCGGAACAGAGUGUAGAGCAAAGAUAUGCCAUUAUUGAAAACUAUGAUACUGGAUCGCAGAAUAAUUUGCAGUUAUCGUGGGAACAAUUUAAACAUAAUUUGCAUAACCAUGGAAGAUUAAACACACCGCUACAAUCACCCCAUCGACUUCCGUUUUACAUAAGAAACAUUGAACAUCGUCGUGGUCCAAGAACUCCUCAGGGAUCUCCACCAUACUCUCCGAACAUGAAUAGCCAAAUGAGAUCACCAACUAUCCAAGAAUCACCGAGACACUAUUGCUAUUCGCAAUAUUCUUCGAACUACAUAGCAAACGUGAACACGUCAACUAAUCGUAACUAUAUAUCUCCUUCAAUAAUCGUUUUGGAGUCACCGGAGUCUUUGGAGCCAUUCUCACCAGAAUCACCACAACCGAUUCCUGACUCGCCAGAUUCUCGACCACAUUCAAGACAAAAUGAAGAAGAACAUAAUCAAAACGGACAGUCUAGCUCAUCUACUUCAUAUUCACCAGAAUCCCCUGAUCCAAAUGAAUGGUGGAAUAUUCAAAAAUACCCACGAAAUUAUGCGAGUAGGACAUCUGUUCCAGAUUCAUUGGCCCAGGAAUCGUAUUCUCCGGAAUCACCCGACCCCCCAGCCUCUCCAGCUUGUCAAAAAUAUUCAAUUGCCCCGGAGCAGUCCUCAUCGUCGCAAUCGCCGGAAUCCGCAGAGCAUUUGGAUUCUCCGGAGUCUCCUGAUCCCGAAGUCAAUCGAGAAAACGAAGUAUCUGCUAGAGUUUACCAGCAGAGUUCAUACGAGCCAUAUCAGUUACGGCCUGAUUCACGAGAAAUCGAAGAAGCGAAUGUAGCUGGUCGAUCAAAUUUAUUUCAAGUGGUCGGAUCAUCAGAACCACAAAAUGAGAUGCAGGAAUAUUGUGUAUUCAGACCAGGUGAUUAUUUUUCUCUUGAUAAUUAG